GGGACAUUUGAACUUGAAUAUUUGCCGUGUGACCAACGACCGCACAGCUGACCGUUGCACUGGCGCGCGAAUAGAGGGCUCCGCUGUGUAGUUGGUCACUUAGACAAGGUUCGACCUGGGGACCUAUAUCCUAUAAGGGGCAAAGUUCCUCGUGCUUGUUGAUCCUAGUAAGUGAAGGUGCUUGUGGCGGUUUGUGCUGAGGACUAUCAGACGGAGAGACACUGUGUUUAUGCGGGAUGGAGCAUUACAAAACAAUCAACAUGAGAGCGUUCGUCGUUUUCAUGUUGGUGGGUGCCGCGCUGGCUCGAUCAAAUGAUGGAUUCAGCAGCGUCUCACAGUCGGAAGAUGGUCAAGGGGGAUAUCGGUAUGAGUACGACAUCACAGAUUGGGACACCAAUCGGAAACGCUGGGAGCAAACUGAUGCCGAUAAUAAUCGCCGCGGAGGAUAUCAAAUUGUUGAUGUCGAUGGCCAAGUGCGUCAGGUCACUUAUCAGGCCGAUAAGGACGGUUUUAGAGCUACAGUCCGCACAAAUGAACCAGGAACUAAGCCCGGAGAAGUAGGGGGAGCCGUGUUCACAAACGAUGUUGCAGAUAUCGUCGAGAGCACUCGGGGCAUUCUACAGAAUACCGGACAUGUUCAGAAACAAAAGAAAUUGGGUACUUAUCCCGACAAUAUUCCAGCAGCGCCUAUUCGUCCUGUCGCUCCGGGAGCCCAAGUAAUCAAGCAUCACGCUGCCGAGGGUCCGCACUUCGACGCUGUUGGACCUGUUGGCCCAUCCGGCCCCUCGUUUACUGUCCAUGGAGGACCAGGACCUGUUGGACCCUCAUUCAACGCAGCUGGCCCAAGGGGGCCUAAAGGUCCGUCGUUCACAGCUGACGGACCCUCUGGCCCGGUCGGACCGUCAUAUACUGCCCACGGCCCAAGCGGGCCUAAAGGUCCGUCGUUCGCGGCUGGCGGGCCUUCUGGUUCGGUUGGACCGUCAUUCACUGCUCAUGGUCCAAGUGGGCCUGAAAGUCCGUCGUUCACCGCUGGCGGACUUCCUAGUCCGGUCGGACCGUCAUACACUGCCCAUGGCCCAAGAGGGUCUAAAAGUCCGUCGUUCACGGCUAGCGGACCUUCUGGUCCGGGCGGACCGUCAUUCACUGCCCAUGGCCCAAGCGGGCCUAAAGGUCCGUCGUUUACAGCGCAUGGACCUUCGGGUCCUGCUGGACCGUCGUCCACUCCUCACGGCGGAUCCGGACCUGUAGGACCCACGUUCACUGCUACGCAGGGGGAUGGACCUGUAGGACCCAGUUUCACUGCUCAUGGGGGAAAAGGCCCCGUUGGUCCGUCGUUCACUGCCACACAGGGUGAUGGUCCCGUAGGACCUACGUUCAUAUCUCAUGGAGGCAGAGGACCCGUCGGCCCGACGUUUACCGCUACAGAGGGCGAUGGUCCUGUUGGCCCUACAUUUGUGUCUCACGGAGGAAAAGGUCCAGUUGGUCCAACAUUCACUGCGACGGAGGGUGAUGGGCCUGUCGGACCUACAUUCACCCAUUACGGGGGUCGUGGCCCAGUUGGGCCCAGCUUCACCGCGCAUGGGCCCAGCAAACCUGAAAGUCCUUCGUUUGCUUCGCACGGUCCCAGUGGCCCAUCGUUCACUUCCCAUGGACCAACUGGCCCCUCGAAACCAAGUUUUUCAUCGCACGGUCCUAGUGCUCCUAGUGGUCCUUCGUUUACUUCCUAUCAACCAAGUGGCCCCUCGGGACCGAGUUUUUCAUCGCAUGCACCUAGUGCUUCUAGUGGUCCCUCGUUUACUUCGCAUCAACCAAGUGGCCCCUCGAGACCAAGUUUUUCAUCGUACGGUCCUGGUGCUCCCAGCGGCCCUUCGUUCACUUCCCAUAGACCAGCUGGCCCCUCGGGACCAAGUUUUUCAUCACAUGGUCCUAGUGCUCCUAGUGGUCCUUCAUUUACCGCUCAUGGAUCGACUGGCCCUUCGGGACCAAGUGUUUCUACACACGCUGCCGCUGGACCUGCCCAUGGAUCUGGCAGACCAUCUGGCCCUAGCUUCACCGCUCACAGACCAAGCAGCCCUAUUGGUCCUAGCGGUCCUUCAUUCACUAAAGUAAGCAGCUCGAAACGUGGCAGCGAUGUUCCUUCAUACACCGGACCCAUUCGCCGACCUCAGAAGCCUAUCCAUGAUCCUUCGCAACAGUUCGAAGUGCCCGAUGCUCCUCUUACCCCCUCAAGGGUUCCUGCCUACACUCCCGAUCAACAGGACAAUGAAUGGAACGGCCCUACUGUACCGCCUCCCGCCUCUCGUCAGCGUGUAGCGUAUCAACCGACAGCAAAGGCUGCAGCGGCUUCGAGUUUUCAACCGAUUAUUGUAAAGUUCAACGGACAACCAACGGGCCACAGCGAUAGGAGUUUUACCUGGGCGGAAGGCACCAAUCGCAAGUCGGCGUCUUAAUGAACACUCAGGCCAAAAUAGCGUUCCUCGCGACCAAUUUACAGAUAUCUCCUUCGUUUGUUCUGUGGAAUCACAAUUUACCUUUAAUCGUUUACCCUGCGAGAAUGGUGCAUAAUACUCAAUGUAAUAAGUAGUUUUUGGGUUGAAGGUUGUUGAAGUGUUUUUGUCCUUCGACGUUAUUCCAAGAAGGCAAUAUGCGCAUGUAUGACGUAUUAUUUUGCUCCUGGCUUCUGUUCCGAAUGAGUCAGCUGAAACAGAGAAGAUGUGUACGAGGUUAUAAAAUUGGCUUAAAUUGUUCUGGAUUUCGGAGCGUAUCUGACAUAAAUAAAAUGGUGGCCGAUGAACGCUGGAGGUCAGAAGUGACCUUUUAAAGAAUUCGUUUCGAGCAACUCCCGGAACGAGUUCAGAGAAAUGUAGUGUUUCGCGUCUACCUGCACAUAGGUGGAACGCCUAUGCGUUAUGCGAAGAUUCUCAACCAAAUACUAUUAGGAAAAUAAGUAUUUGGAGGAACGGCAGGGCAUUGUAUGUAACUGAGCGAUUACAUGUGCGACUUUUUCCGGCAUGCCACCCAUCUCCGCAACAUCAGUGUGGGCAGAUAGACAGAUUAAUUGUCGAUCAUGCUAAACGUCACAGAGACACAGAUGUUAAGAUUGAGCUGAAAUACAAUAGAGUGCGGAUGAAACAUUGAAAUCUUUAUUUUUUACUGAUCGCUUGCACUGGUACUACAAUUGAUACGAUGCGCAUGUAUUUUUUGGCGAUUAACCAAACGUUAUUUAUUUUACACAAGGAUACAACUGCUAUUUCUAUGUUUAUAAAAGAAGAACAGAAAAACGUUCAUACACAUAGCUAACUAUACGAAAACAAAGAACAGAAACGCCGAGGAGCAGUUGUUAUUGAUUUUGUUUAAGUGAGUGGCUGAGCUGCAAUGACCGACUUGAUGGUGUUCCAGAAGGUGCCCAAGGGCGUUCUAUUUAUUUAUUGAUAACAGUCUUAUGAGUACGAUGACCAUAAAGAAAACAGUAAUUGCAUUGAUGGUAGAUUAGAGCUGGGCAGAUUAUGGGCUGAGAUAGAAGAAGUGAGGAAAGACUGCGUACGCUGAAAGUAAAAUUUAUUGCGGAGAAUAAAUAGUUAAAACAAUAGUAGUUACAACAAUAAAUAGUUAAACAAAUAAGUCGACAUUGGAUAGUAAAGUGA